AGCUACGCGCUCGUGCCGGCAGACGAGCUCUCGCGGGCGCUCGCCAGACAGAACUCUAGUUUGGCAUUGCAUAAUAAACAUUCAUUUGCUGGAGAUAGUGCUGGUGCUUAUCCUUUGGUGCUUAGGAUAUCUGUGCGUGAAACAAGCAUUUUGACUGUUAAGAUCAGCAAAAAGGAUAAUCCAGUCGAUAACUAUAAGCGGGCAAACAAGAUGUUUAACAUUGAUUAUCAACCAGUUCAUGUUUGGGAUUUUUCAGGGCAGACAAACUUAAUAUUAAUGAAUGAAUGGAAUAGACCACACCAAGACUAUUGCCAUUCAGAGCAAGAGAAUCUUCUAGAAGUUCAAGUCUAUGCUAUGUCUGAUUCCUUAACAUUCAAAAUUGGUGGGACCAACAUGAAUAUUGAUUUCUUUUGUGGGAGCUUUGGAAGAGCUGGCUCAAUGGGGCUAAUCGGAUUGGAAAAUCUCGGGAAUACUUGCUUUAUGAACAGCUCAAUCCAAUGUUUGGCUCACACAACAAAGAUUGUUGAUUAUUUCCUUGGAGAUUAUGACAGAGAUAUUAAUCGAACAAAUCCACUAGGACUGAAUGGGGAACUUGCUUUGGCAUUUGGAGAACUGUUGAGGAGUUUAUGGACCAAUGAUCAAAAACCAGUUGCACCACAUCGUUUUAAGGAAAAUAUUGCCUGCUUUGCUCCUCAGUUCAGUGGCUUUAACCAGCAUGAUUCACAAGAGCUUCUUGCUUUCUUAUUGGAUGGUCUUCAUGAAGAUCUUAAUCAGGUCAAAUGCAAACCAUAUGAAGAAGCUAAGGAUGCAAGUGGCCGUCCCGACGAAGAAGUAGCAGAUGAGUAUUGGAGCAACCACUUAGCUCGAAAUGACUCUGUAAUAGUUGAUACCUGUCAUGGACAAUACAAGUCUACAUUAACUUGUCCUACUUGCAGUAAAACAUCUGUCACAUUUGAUCCGUUUAUGUACUUAUCUUUGCCCGUGCCUUCCACGGCAAGUAGGGCAAUGACUGUGACAGUUUUCAGCACUGAUGGUAGCAGAGAGCCAUUCUCAUAUGAUGUCAGCGUGCCACAGUUUGGCACUCUUAGUGAUCUUGUUCAGGCUUUAAGUGCUGCUUGUACACUUGGAGAUGAUGAGACCCUGCUGAUAACGGAGGUCUAUAAUAAUCGCAUCAUUCGAUACCUGGAGGAGUCUUCAGAUUCAGUAUCCUUGCUGAGAGAUGGAGAUAAAUUGGUGGCAUAUCGGCUACCGAAGCAAUAUGAAAAAUCCUCACUUGUGGUUUUUACACACAAACACUUUGUUAAGGAUUCUGGUGUUGAUAGUGUAAUUCCGCAAAUGAAGGAAUUUGAGGCUCCACUUUUGGCAUGCCUUUCUGGGACACUCAAUGGAUUGACUCUUCAAAGUAUCUAUCUGAAGUUGCUGAAUCCAUUUCAAUUUUCCAAGAGCACAAGUUCGAUUAGUGAUGGUGAGAGGUGCAAUGGUGACCGUACCAUUGACCUGAUGGAUGCAACACCUUCCUAUCCAGAUGAGAGUGUUCCAUUUGAAGAUAACCCUGAAAGAAGUCACUGCAAUGCUAAUGGAUGUGAAGUGACGGAAGGACCUACUGAGUCUUCCGGUGGGUUAACUGCUGUUUCUGACAUGGAGGAACACACGGAACAGUUUGAAUUUUAUUUAACAAAUGAAAGGGAUGAUAUCCAACACACAAAAAUAGAAGUGAAUGAUCUAAAAUUAAUUGAGACAACACCAAGCCGGCUGCAUGUCAGUGUCCAUUGGCAUCAUAGUGCGUCAAGACAAUAUAAUACCUCAGUCUUGAACAAUCUACCUGAGAUACACAAGCUUGAGCUUAUCCCGAAAGAAUCCGAAGAUUGUGUUGCAUUACAUGGCUGUCUAGAAGCCUUUCUAAAAGAGGAACCACUGGGGCCAGAGGACAUGUGGUACUGCCCUUGCUGCAAAAAGCAUCAGCAAGCUAUGAAGAAACUAGAUCUUUGGAGGCUGCCUGAAGUUCUGGUCAUCCAUCUGAAAAGGUUCUCAUAUACCCAGUUCACAAGAAACAAGCUCGAGACAUUCGUAGAUUUUCCCAUUAGUGAUUUAGACCUAUCAGCUUAUGUUGCCUCCAAGACUGAUCAACCAAACAGCCGUUAUCACUUGUACGCCAUUAGCAAUCACUAUGGAAAUAUGGGAGGUGGACACUACACAGCAAGCAUCUACCAAGAAGGGAAGGGAUGGUUCAAGUUUGAUGAUGAAUGUGUAACACCUAUAAGUGAGGACAAUCUAAAAACACCAGCUGCUUAUGUUCUAUUCUACAGACGAGAGUGAGUGUACAACUGCAGCACAAAGCAUGUUUUGAUGGAGGUUUUUUUGGCAAGCUUGGAGUUUUCCUAUAUAUUCAGCUACCUCUUACAUAUUUGUGGACAACAUAUUGGCACUUGAAUCUCUCAAGUCACUAACCCUAUAUUAACAGCCUGUACAGAUUCAAUUGCCAACAUGAGGACCUAGCUAAUGCAAUAUUCUUUUUCCUACCAACCCACUGUAUUCUUUUAGUACAUGGCUGGGUCCGCUUUGUAAUUGCUCAAGUUGAUUAGCAAAAGGGCCAGCAAUAUUCUUUUCUGCCACCAAAUUGUUUUGCCAGAAAUGCGAAAUGAUGUAACAGCUCUGUAAAUUAACCCUUUGAUAUGUUCUUGUCAUGAAGGCUGCCGCGAGGUUGACGCCACAGCCACUCUCCA